AUGGUUAAGCUCUUACUGGACGGACCACGCAUGUACCAAGUCGACGGUCCGACGCUGGAAAUCAUGGUCACUAUUAUAGCAAAGGAUUUCGCGCAAGGUGAGUCCAACCAAGUUGUUUUGACAACACAUCCGAGUGGCGAAAACGAGGUCAGCCCACUUCGAAGCCCGUCCACUUUUAUGACUUUCUAUUUCAAAGAGAAAGUUGAUUGGAGGGAAUUGGUAAGGUGGAUACAACAGUCUUCCCUACGCAGAAAUCCUGCCUCACCUUCCGAGAAGACCACAUCAACAAACCUUUCCUUCGACAUGGAAAGUCAUGUCACAAUAUGUCUACUGUUAGUCAACUAUCUCUCUUGCUUCUAUCCUGAAUGCCGAAUCUAUGACUUUCUUGUGUGCCAACCUCCAAAUUUUGUGGUUCUACUUGUUUUGCAUAGACUCACUGUAGAAGCUCUUUUUGCUUUCCGAGUGAUCCACUGUGGUCUCAUUGAGAUUUAUUUUCCUAAAGUUUAA